GGGUGGCCGGCUACAGUCCCCGCGACCACCUGACCAGCUCCAGCAAGCUGUGUGCAGCACCACGGUCCACCCUGGCCAACGGGUGUGGCUGCGGGAACCUUUCCCUCUUCCCCACUCCAGCCACCUCACCCCUCCGGCCCUGUGGCCAGACAAUGGGAUACCUGUUCCCUCUCCCCGCAGGGUGUGCCCUCCUGGCCUCUCCCCACCCCUCCACAAGGCCCAUGGCCAGUCCUGGGCAUCCUUUGGGACUCACCCUGGGGACUCCGUGCUCGCUUUGGGUGUGAGUACCCAAGUACCGAGUACUGGAGCAGGCCGAGCACCUGUUGUCCAGACCCAGGGACCAGAGAAGGCGCGGCCGUAUUGUCCGCCCGCACCACUGGGGGAGAAGGAAGGGGGUGGUGAGAGCGAGUGAUGCCCAGGCUUCCCGCCCCCUCCGCUGCCAAGCCAGCCCGUGUUCACUGUGACCCACGGCGCGCCCGGGGAACCGGAGAGAUGCGCACCUUUUGCCAGUUUCCGCUCCCCGGCUUCCGGCCCGGGUGAUCCUGACCAGCAGAUCCGCGCCACCGGGGUCCCCCAGGAGGGGCAGCGAGUCCCGUCCCCCCUUUCCCCCUCCUCCCCUCCCGGCCUGUCAGGUCACGUGGCCCGUGGCGCCCCCAUGGGCCAACCACGUGAUGGCGGCGCGCCGUUGCCUUGACAGCGGCUGCGGUGGCCCGCGGGGGCGGGGCAGCCGGCGGGGGCGGGGCGGGGCCGGGAGGGGGGACCCGGCGGGACGCGCGGAAGGAGGGAGGGGGCCGUGCUCAGCGCCCUGGCCGGGCCACGGGGCCACAGGGCAACGCGGCGACGCCGCCCGCCGCAAGCCCGAGCCGGAGUGGAGCCGGGCGGGCAGGCAGAACAGCUCGGUCUCGGGGACCCUCUGGGAUGCCUGAGAGUGUCUCUCUCCUGCCCCCAGCCUGGCUCCCACCAUGAGCGCAGAGCUCAACGUGCCUGUGGACCCCUCCACUCCCGCCUGCUCUGAACCCGGCCACAAGGGCAUGGAUUACCGAGACUGGGUCCGCCGCAGCUACCUGGAGCUGGUCACGUCCAACCAUCACUCCGUGCAGGCCCUGUCCUGGAGAAAGCUGUACCUGAGCAGAGCCAAGCUGAAGGCCUCCAGCCGGACCUCUGCCCUCCUCUCCGGCUUUGCCAUGGUGGCCAUGGUGGAAGUGCAGCUGGAGACGCAGUACCAGUACCCGCGGCCGCUGCUCAUCGCCUUCAGCGCCUGCACCACGGUGCUGGUGGCCGUGCACCUGUUCGCCCUGCUCAUCAGCACGUGCAUCCUGCCCAACGUGGAGGCCGUGAGCAACAUCCACAACCUGAACUCCAUCAGCGAGUCCCCGCACGAGCGCAUGCACCCCUACAUCGAGCUGGCCUGGGGCUUCUCCACCGUGCUGGGCAUCCUGCUCUUCCUGGCCGAGGUCGUGCUGCUCUGCUGGAUCAAGUUCCUGCCCGUGGACGCGCGCCGCCAGCCCGGCCCCCCGCCCGGCCCCGGAGGCCACACGGGCUGGCAGGCCGCCCUCGUGUCCACCAUCAUCAUGGUGCCCGUGGGCCUCAUCUUUGUGGUCUUCACCCUCCACUUCUACCGCUCCCUGGUGCGCCACAAAACCGAGCGGCACAACCGCGAGAUCGAGGAGCUGCACAAGCUCAAGGUGCGGCUGGACGGGCACGAGCGCAGCCUGCAGGCGGUGUGAGCGCGCCGCGCCCCUGCCCCACCCCCGGCCCGGCUCGGGCCGGUGCGGGCGUGGAGCUGCCGGCCAGGCCGCCCGACACUGCCGCGCCGUUCCAGACCAAAGUCUUACCCCCGUCCUCGCACCGGAAAGCCUGGCCGCCUGGGCCUCCUGCGGAAAAUGGCGAUCUGUAGAAAAAGAGAGACUGUUGCUAAGAGCUGAGAGCAAAACCGCCUGAGUCCUGGGGCCUGGGGAUUCCCUGCAGCAGGAGACGAGCAUCACCGGCAGGCUCGGCGCUCGGGGGAGGGCUGAGGGUUUCAGAGAAGGGACCGCGCCGUGCCACCUGGGGUGUGGGUCUCAAUGUGCCACCCUGCUGCAAGGAGAUGGGGUGCAGGCCCACAGCUUGGCCUGGUGCUUCCCUCCCCUGUCCUGGGGGGAUUAGGUGGCCGGGCUGACGGGGGAGGGCAGGAGCUGGGGUCCCAGGUCCGCUCAGCGGGCGCAGUAGACGCUCAGCCGGGCAUCGGACUGGUCUCACCCCCAGGGAAGACUUCCAAGGACAGAGGCCUGGCCGGGCCGGGAGGUGCGUCUUUGGGCAUCCCAUGGGAGAUGCCCACCUACAGACACCUUUAACUGGGUGCUCUGGGGCACACUGGGCUCAAGUUCUCUCUGCCUAGCCAGCCUGGAGCCCUGGGCGUAUUAACCCAGCAAAGUCGCCAGAUUGGGGAAAGGGCUCACAGUCCAGAGACCUCCAUCUACAAACUAGUUUCUGAACCCAUGUCAGCAGCCCCUCCAGGCUACAGCUGCCAAAGACCCUUGCCCAGAGAGCGGAGCAUGCUUCCUAGCUCCCCGCUGCCUGUGACCCCAGGAGGAGGGAGGGUGUGGCCUGGGGGACUUCCUCUCUAGACAAGGUCUGUUGGCCUGAUCUGGCUCACCCAUUUCCACGGCCGCGCACAUACAUACUAUGGCUCAGCUUAGGGGUGAGCAUGCUGCACCCUGAGCUGCUUUCCAAACCCACACUUCCCACAGCGGCCAGCAGCAGCCCGGACAGGGAGCCUUCCUUGUUUCCCAUCAUCGUGGGACGUCAUGCUCUGAGGGCGUCUCUGUGGGGUCUGGGUGACCCGUGCCGAGAAAUCCCGGCUGGCCUGGCUGUAGCUGCAGGGAACGUGACGUACCAUUGAGGACAUAAACCUUAACACAUAACCAAAAUGCCACGGGGCUAUCUGGGAGCCGUGCCGGGAGUCGCCGUGGUAAGUCGGGAGGUUAUGGGAGUCCAGACGUCGGGUUCCGUGGAGCCAGACGAGAGCCUGGCGUCGUCCACGGGCGCGGCCCUGCUGUUCCGCAGACCUCUGUCCAUGCUUGCUUGCUGUCUAGUGCAUGUCUGUUCUGUCCCGCAGCCUUGUUGAAAAGGCUUGUCUGGCUUCGUGUGUAUUUGCUCUGUGUCAGCGUCGCUGUAAGACAGCUGCUCUGUGUCCUGGCAGGGACGGCGCAGGCGGCCCCUCCCCGCAGCUGGGAGUGGGCAGCAGCCCCAUCCUCUAGCCUGAGCCUUCGGAGAGGGGCCGUGCUGGCCUCACUUCCCUGGGCCAUCGGGUGCCCCUGCCCCAAGUGUGCCAGACGUGCCAGGCUUGCCAGACUGGAAAGCACCCCCAGAGCCAGCUGGGAGGCCGGUGGUUAAUGCCUGCUCCACGGACAGAGCUGCUGGCCUCGCCACCUCGGGCAGGACACUGGGUGACCCGGGACGAUGCCACAUGGGAAGCGAAGAUGCCGCAUCCUGUGUUCUUAACGCUGAUUAGAACUUCACUCUCGUUCCGUCGUCUGGAGUGUUCUCCCAGCUCCCCGAGGCAGAGUUUCUGCGGGACAGAGAGGACCAUGGGUCUGGGGACUGGCGAUCGGUGUGGAGUCCCAGGGUAGCCCCAGAGCUUUGGGGGAGAUGGAGGGUCAGCUGCCGUUUGGAGCUGCAGAUGCAACUCAGCAGGCGGGCCGGGGGAGAGCGGAGGCCACCGACGAGCUGGAACGGCAGUUUCUGGAGGUUGAACCCAGUCGGGAAGCCUUCCAGGCGCCUCAGCCAUUCGGCGUGAGGUGCCCCGGAGCCGGCGAGGGCCUGGCCUAGUUUCCUCCGAGCGGAGCCUUCCUGGUGCUCCCGAGCUGAGCGCCCGCCUGUGUGCUGAGGCCCUUCCCAAAGUGGAGCAUGAUCUCCAUUUAGUACCUGGCCAGAAGUUUCUAAACUCAAGUGUUUCUAUUUUAGAAACUGCGAGGGCAGAGUGGAUUCUAGCGUCUUCUAGGAAAGUCUGGGGGGGCUCAAACCGCGUUGAGUCUGAGUGCUUCAGGGCUCAGCGGCCGCCGUUACCUGUCUCGCGCUGAUUGAUUCAUUAUGCACGACGCUGGGCCUCACGUCCGGUGAACAUGACCCCUGGCCUGUGCGUGGGUUUUCCAGCAGUUGCCCGGGAUUGAGCUGAAUAAACAAGUCCAUCUGUGA